GCCGGCUCCCGGCGCCCCGAGCCGCCCCUCGCGCUGCCCUCGCACAUCUGACAGGCAAGACGGACCGGCGGAUAUUGGCUCCGCGACACGCCGAGGCUCCUCCCCAGUCUGGAUCUUUAUAUUUUGGGAGAAUUUCUUCGAACUCAGUUACCCAGCUCCGUGAAGGAGACAAGUUCCCACAGCCCGAUCGCCGGCGGAGGCGAGGCGAGGGCUCGCCCACCUUCUCUGCAGCUGCCGGGCGCCCCGAUUGUAUUCCUCUCUUCCCUCGUGGAGGAAAACGGACUGACUUGCUGAGGAAAACGCCAGUUAUCUGGAUGUGGCCGUGAGAAGAGAACGUGUGGCUGGAGGAGGCAGAAGAGGACGAGGGAAAGCAUUAUUUGAAGAGAAGAGUAAAUCAGCCUCUCCAACCCUUUCUGCAAAUUGGUGCUAUUACUUCUGGGGUCCAUUUGCUUUUAUUCUCCCCCCACCCCACGUUAAGAAACCUUGACUUGAGGGCCAAGAGACAGCCCCCUAUAAGCGGCGGACCUUCUGGGUUGGAGCACCUUUUGGAUGUAGCAUUGGUGGAACAUUUACACUCUCCUUUGCAAAAGCCACCAUGAAUUCGGUAGCUGGGAAUAAAGAGAGGCUGGCGGUCUCCACCAGGGGCAAGAAAUACGGGGUGAAUGAAGUCUGCUCGCCCACCAAGCCGGCUGCGCCCUUCUCCCCCGAGAGCUGGUACCGGAAAGCCUACGAGGAGUCGCGUGCCGGGAGCCGGCCCACCCCUGAGGGCGCGGGCUCGGCGCUGGGCUCUUCGGGGACCCCGUCCCCCGGCUCGGGCACCUCGUCCCCGAGCUCUUUCACGGGCUCCCCGGGCCCCGCCUCCCCGGGCAUCGGCACCAGCUCGCCGGGCUCCCUGGGCGGCUCGCCGGGCUUCGGCACCGGCUCCCCGGGCUCCGGGAGCGGCGGCGGCUCCUCCCCCGGCUCGGACCGCGGCGUCUGGUGCGAGAACUGCAACGCCCGCCUGGUGGAGCUGAAGAGGCAGGCUCUGAAGCUGCUGCUCCCGGGGCCCUUCCCCGGCAAGGAUCCUGCUUUCUCAGCUGUGAUUCACGACAAGCUCCAGGUCCCCAACACCAUCCGGAAGGCAUGGAAUGACAGGGACAAUCGCUGUGACAUUUGUGCCACACACCUGAACCAGCUGAAGCAGGAGGCCAUCCAGAUGGUGCUGACCUUGGAACAGGCAGCUGGCAGUGAGCACUACGAUGGCUCACCUGGCUCGCCCCCACCCCUCUCCAACCUCCCCACGCUGGUGGGGUCCCGGCACGUGGGUGGGCUCCAGCAGCCCAGGGAUUGGGCCUUUGUGCCCGCUCCCUAUGCCUCCUCCAACUACACCGCCUUCGUCACUAACAAGCAUAGCAGCAAACCCAACAGCCUCGGGGUCAGCAAUGGGGCAGAGAAGAAGAGUGGGUCUCCAACACACCAGGCCAAGGUCAGCCUCCAGAUGGCCACCAGUCCCAGCAAUGGGAACAUCCUCAACUCAGUAGCCAUCCAGGCUCACCAAUACCUGGAUGGCACCUGGUCCCUGUCGAGAACCAAUGGGGUCACCCUCUACCCCUAUCAGAUCUCCCAGCUGAUGAUGGAGUCUGGCCGGGAAGGCCUGACAGAAGCAGCGCUGAAUCGCUACAAUGCAGACAAGCCUUCCGCCUGCGGCGUCCCCGCCUCCCAGGGCUCCUGUGCCGCCAGCGAGACUUCCACAGGCCCCUCGGUGGCUGCUUCCUUCUUCGCAAGAGCUGCCCAGAAGUUAAACCUGUCUUCUAAAAAGAAGAAACAUCGACCUUCUACUUCUUCUGUUGCCGAGCCACCUCUCUUUGCCACCAGCUUCAGCGGCAUCCUGCAGACAUCCCCUCCCCCAGCCCCACCCUGUCUGCUGAGGGCUGUCAACAAGGUGAAGGACACCCCAGGCCUGGGCAAGGUAAAAGUCAUGCUUCGCAUUUGUUCCACGCUGGCUCGCGACACAUCAGAAUCCAGCUCUUUCUUAAAGGUGGACCCCCGGAAGAAGCAGAUCACCUUGUAUGACCCCCUGACGUGUGGAGGUCAAAAUGCCUUCCAAAAGAGAGGCAACCAGGUGCCUCCUAAGAUGUUUGCCUUCGAUGCAGUUUUUCCCCAAGAUGCUUCUCAGGCUGAAGUGUGUGCUGGGACUGUGGCAGAGGUGAUCCAGUCUGUGGUCAACGGGGCAGACGGCUGCGUGUUCUGUUUCGGCCACGCCAAGCUAGGAAAAUCCUACACCAUGAUCGGGAGGGACGAUUCCAUGCAGAACCUUGGCAUCAUCCCCUGUGCUAUCUCUUGGCUCUUCAAGCUCAUAAAUGAACGGAAAGAGAAGACCGGAGCCCGUUUCUCAGUGCGCAUCUCAGCCGUGGAAGUGUGGGGCAAGGAAGAGAACCUGCGGGACCUGCUGUCCGAGGUGGCCACGGGCAGCCUGCAGGAUGGCCAGUCCCCCGGCGUGUACCUGUGCGAGGACCCCAUCUGUGGCACACAGCUGCAGAACCAGAGCGAGCUGCGGGCGCCCACCGCAGAGAAGGCUGCCUUCUUCCUGGACGCCGCCAUCGCCUCCCGCCGGGGCAACCAGCAGGACUGCGAUGAAGAAGACCACCGCAACUCCCACAUGCUCUUCACCCUGCACAUCUACCAGUACCGGAUGGAGAAGAGCGGGAAAGGAGGAAUGUCUGGAGGCCGCAGCCGCCUGCACCUCAUUGAUCUUGGCAGUUGUGUGAAAGCGCUCAGCAAAAAUCGGGAAGGAGGCUCAGGGCUGUGCCUCUCCCUGUCUGCUCUGGGCAAUGUCAUCCUGGCUCUCGUCAAUGGCAGCAAGCACAUCCCAUACAAAGAAAGCAAGCUCACCAUGCUGCUGCGGGAGUCCCUGGGGAAUGUGAACUGUCGCACCACCAUGAUCGCUCACAUCUCGGCCGCGGCCGGGAGCUACGCAGAGACCCUGUCCACCAUCCAGAUCGCCGCGAGAGUCUUGAGGAUGAAGAAAAAGAAAACAAAGUACACGUCAAGCUCCUCCGGGGGAGAGAGCUCCUGUGAAGAAGGCAGAAUGCGCAGGCCCACCCAGCUGAGACCCUUCCACGCCAGGGCUGCAGGGGACUCGGACUUCCCGAUCCCUCACCUGCCCAGCGACCCCGACUACUCCUCCAGCAGCGAGCAGUCCUGCGACACGGUCAUCUACAUUGGGCCGAAUGGCACGGCCCUCUCCGACAAGGAGCUCACCGACAACGAGGGGCCCCCAGACUUUGUCCCUAUCGUGCCGGCCCUGCAGAAGACCAGGGGCGACAGCCGGCCCACAGAGGCCGGAGAGGCUGCAGCCAGCAAAUCAGAGAGGGACUGCUUGAAAUGCAACACGUUUGCUGAGCUGCAGGAGAGGCUGGAUUGCAUCGACGGCAGUGAAGAGCCGAGUAAGUUUCCUUUCGAAGAGCUGCCUGCCCAGUUUGGGGCAGAGCAGGCAAGCAAGUGUCCCCCAUUAAGCCAAGCAGCUGGGGCGAGCCUGUUCUGUGAGUCUGAUAAGGAAGAUAAUGGGUCAGACGGCCAGCUGCCCGAUAGGGAAGGCACUGACCCCCCGGCCUCCAAGAUGCAGAGGAAUCACUCACCUGUCCCUGUUGCAGUGCUCACCAACAGCCCCGCCCCUGCCUCGCCCAGGAGCAUCCCGGGCAGCAGUGGCCAGCACAGUUCCUCCCAGCUGGUGCAGAGCCCCAGCCUCCAGAGCAGCCGAGAAAGCCUGAACUCCUGUGGCUUUGUGGAAGGCAAGCCCAGGCCGAUGGGCUCCCCCCGGCUGGGCAUCGCCAGCCUGUCCAAGACCUCAGAGUACAAGCCGGCCAGCUCUCCUUCACAGAGAUGCAAAGUGUACACUCAAAAGGGUGUCCUGCCUUCUCCCGCCCCGCUGCCAACCUCUAGCAAGGAUUCCGGCAUGGCGUCUAGCGAGUCCCUGCUGCAGCCUGAGGUUCGGACACCCCCGGUUGGAAUGAGCCCCCAGGUUCUGAAGAAAUCCAUGUCUGCUGGGAGUGAAGGGUUCCCUGAAACCCCCAUCGAUGACGAGCAUCAGGCAGCAACUUCUCCAGAUACCAAGAAGGAGAUAGUGAGCACCACAAUGGUGACAGUGCAGCAGCCCCUGGAGCUGAACGGUGAGGACGAGCUGGUGUUCACGCUGGUGGAGGAGUUGACCAUCAGUGGGGUCCUGGACAGUGGCCGCCCCACCAGCAUCAUCAGCUUCAACAGCGACUGCUCCGUGCAGGCCUUGGCCUCAGGCUCCCGGCCCGUCAGCAUCAUCGGAAGUGUCAGCGAGGACCUGGAAUGCUACUCCAGCGUGGCUCCUGUCUCUGAAGUCAGCAUCACACAGUUCUUGCCCCUCCCGAAGCUGAGCCUGGACGAGAAGGGCCGGGAGGCAGGGAGCAGGCGUUCCUCCAUCAGCUCCUGGCUGAGCGAGAUGAGCACGGGCAGUGACGGUGAGCAGUCGUGCCACAGUUUCAUAGCGCAGACGUGUUUUGGGCACGGGGAAGCAAUGGCAGACCCUCCAGCCUCGGAGUUUGUCAGCAGCAUCCAGAACACCGCUGUGGUGUGCCGAGAGAAGCCCAAGGCCAGCCCCGACAAUUUGCUCAUCUUGUCUGAAAUGGGGGAAGACACGUUCAACAAAGCAACCCCCAUCAAAGGCUGCAAGAUAUCCACACUGGGCAAGGCCAUGGUCACCAUCUCCAAUACGGCAAAUCUGAGCAGCUGUGAAGGGUACAUCCCCAUGAAGACCAACAUCACAGUUUACCCCUGCAUUGCCAUGAGCCCCCGGAACGUCCAAGAGCCUGAGACACCCCUUGCUACUGUCAGCUCAGUCACCAAAGCAGCCCAGUCCCAGGAGAGCAGGGAACCCAAUGCAAAGAAAGAGAUGACGUUUGAGGACCCCUGGCUUAAACGAGAAGAGGAGGUAAAAAAGGAGAAUACUCAUCCCAGCGAAGAAGGGCUUAGGCUUGAGACUGCGACGGGCCCUCCAAAGUCUGAGGCCAGAGCAGAGCGGCAACAGGACAGGACGGACAGCCCCGGCGACAGGCCGAGCGGCAGCAGCAGUGAGGUGUCUGCCUCGCCAGUGACCGACAACUUCAGGAGGGUUGUGGAUGGCUGUGAGAUGGCCCUGCCCAGUUUGGCUGCCCAAAGCCCGGUGCAUCCCAACAAAAGCCUGAAGUCAAGCAGCCUUCCUAGGGCUUUUCAGAAAGCCAGCAGACAGGAGGAGCUGGACAGCCUCUUCUACCACUGUGCCGCGGAGACCAACGGGAUUGGCACAGCUUCCGGCACCCAGCCCUCCAAGGCCACCCUGGAGAGGAAGGUGGCGUCACCCAAGCAUUGUGUCCUGGCUCGACCCAAAGGGACACCCCCUCUGCCCCCUGUCCGAAAGUCCAGCUUGGACCAGAAGAACCGGGCCAGCCCCCAGCACAGUGCCUGCAGCAGCACCACCAGCAGCCCCCUGAACCAGCCAGCACCCUUCUUGGCCAGCUUCCCGGAUGAGCCCAGCGGCAAAAUGAAGGACGCCAGCAGCAGCAGCAAGCUCUUCAGCGCCAAACUGGAGCAGCUGGCCAGCAGGACCAACUCUCUCGGCAGGACAACAGUCAGCCACUACGAAUGCCUCUCACUGGAGAGGGCCGAGAGCCUGUCCUCCAUGAGCUCUCGGAUGCACGCGGGCAAGGACAGCACCAUGCCCCGCGCGGGGCGCAGCCCGGGCCGCAGCGCUGGGGCCUCGCCCACCACCCCGGGCCCCAGCGCGGCCGCGGGGGCCUCGCCCAAGGCCAGCCAGUCCAAGAUCUCGGCCGUGAGCAAGCUGCUCCUGGCCAGUCCCAGAGCGCGCAGCCUGGCCACCUCCACCACCAAGACCCUCAGCUUCUCCACCAAGUCCCUGCCGCAGGCGGUGGGCCAGAGCGCCAGCCUGCCGCCGAGCGGGAAGCACAUGUCCUGGUCCACGCAGUCGCUCAGCAGGAGCCGUGGCUCGGGCCUGGCCGCCAAGCUGCCGCUGCGCGCCGUCAACGGGCGCAUCUCGGAGCUGCUGCAGGGCGGCGCGGGCCGGGGCUCCCCGCUGCGCGCUGGGCCCGAGGCCGAGGAGCGUGCGGGGCCCGGCGACGACAAGCCGGCCGCCGCGCCCCUGCUGCCGUCGCCCUACAGCAAGGUGACCCCGCCGCGGAAGCCCCACCGCUGCAGCAGCGGCCACGGCAGCGACAACAGCAGCGUGCUGAGCGGGGAGCUCCCGCCGGCCAUGGGGAAGACGGCGCUCUUCUACCACAGCGGCGGCAGCAGCGGCUACGAGAGCAUGAUGAGGGACAGCGAGGCCACCGGCAGCGCGUCCUCCGCCCAGGACUCCAUGAGCGAGAACAGCAGCUCGCUCAGCGGCAGGUGCCGGAGCCUCAAGACCCCAAAGAAACGCUCCAACGCAGGUUCUCAGAGACGGAGGCUCAUCCCGGCGCUGUCCCUCGACACCCCCUCCCCCGUGAGGAAACCCGCCGGCGGCGCCGGGGUCCGCUGGGUGGACGGCCCCUUGCGCAGCACGCAGAGGGGCCUCGGGGAACCUUUCGAGAUUAAAGUCUAUGAAAUCGAUGACGUGGAGCGGCUGCAGCGGCGACGAGGGGGCAGCAGCAAGGAAGUCACGUGCUUCAAUGCGAAACUGAAAAUCCUGGAGCACCGCCAGCAGAGAAUCGCCGAGGUCCGAGCCAAGUACGAGUGGCUGAUGAAGGAGCUGGAGAUGACCAAACAGUAUCUGAUGCUGGAUCCCAACAAAUGGCUCAGCGAAUUUGACCUGGAGCAGGUGUUGGAGCUGGACUCCCUGGAGUAUCUGGAAGCGCUGGAGUGUGUGACAGAACGCCUGGAGAACCGCGUCAACUUCUGCAAGGCCCACCUCAUGAUGAUCACCUGCUUUGACAUCACCUCCAGGUGCCGGUGAAGACGCCGGCCCGGCCCCUGGCCCCCGGGACUCACGGCCGGUCGCACUCCCCAGGCCCUCGGUGCUGGCGGCGCUCAGAGACGACGGAAUGAGGAUGAAGGUCGGUGGCAAGUCUGGAGUGAGCGUUGAGCGGAAGGCGAUUUUUCUUUUGUUUUCUGUAGGAAAGGUGCAAACACCAGACACGCAUGGGAGGAGGAGAGGAUGGGAAGCCAAGGGAUGUGGAAGCCCCGAGAGACUGGAAAAGCACUUUGAGGAACUUUAAAGAACUGUUUGUACAUAAGAACUGCUGGCGAAAGAGCCCUCACUCUCCUGGUUUCGUGAGAAAGGGCGAGGGCGGACGCAGGGUUGCUGUUGAAAGAGAAAACGAAACAACAAAAAAUUACCAGAAUGACUGAUUAAGUGCCUUGCAAAUCUUUAGUAUUAUCCAAACGUUUAUGUUCAUACUUUCUUGUGUACAGAUGGUGCUAGUCGAGAUGAAAACAACAAAACCGACAAAAAAGAAAAUCAAACCCAUUUUUGAGAUGUAUUUACAGCUCGUUUUCUCUCGGUGUUUUAGCCUCUUUCUGACUUGCUGUUUCUGAGUAAGUUGUGUUUGUAGAGCUCUUUCCUGGUCAGUAUUGCAUACGAAUAAAUGUUAACCGUCUUUCACGGUUCUUCUGGUGACGCCACUCAAACAGCACAGAGACUUCAGGGGCACAGCCAGUGUGUUCCAAAGAAGGUUGGCAGCAGGGGACGCCAGAUGCCAUUGGCGGGGAAAGUCGAUCAUGGAGCAGGUGCAUCUGAGCUCGAGAGAGCAGAGGGGAGGGGGCUGCCUCUUGAAGGGGAAAGGAGCCCUCUGACCUGGGCCGCCUCAUCCUCUGGCUGGGAUGUAUGUUCUGGAUACGGUUUCCCCCUCCAAGUCAUGACGCACGUACUGGUUCCUUUACUCACAAAUCCAGGGUUUUCAUGACCCUCAAAACAUUUUCCAUAUUUGUUUUUUAUUCCAAAGACUCUGGAUAGAAAGCUUGAAUCCAUUCAACAGAGCCAUAUGUUUUUGCUCUCUAGUUUUGCGAGUCGACUAGUGCAGGAGAUUUUGCGGGUUGAGAGACCUUCUCAGGCUAGUAGGUGCUGAGACUGCCAUAGGAUUGCUCUAGACCAAGAAGGCAUGUUGGGAUUGCACAACUAUUCUGCUGUCCAGACAGCUGCGUAAAUGUCAGAAGUUUCAGUUCUCCCAUGUCCCAAAGUGUCCAUCCCAACAAAGGACCAGGCUUGUCCCCUCAACCUUGGCACCUGAAGGCAGAGAGAGGUUUCCGGUCAUACACCACACACCCCUGGCGAGGCAGAGCACAGAGUCUCAUGCACGUGGAUGUACAGGUCUUGGCUCCCAGGACCUUCGGACCUCACUCUCACAUUAAGAUGUCCAUCCCUGCCACAACUGCUGUAGGGACCCACUGUAGUUAUGGAAACGAGAGGCCCAAAGCGGGCAAGGGACUGUCUGAGGACAGCUGUGGAGCAGCGGGGGCGUCCUCUGCCUUCUGGCACAGGGCCCUCUCCCAGGACCCCUGCAGCCUGCCCAGUGAGGGAGGUGCUCAGGGUUUUACAGAGUUCUGUUCGUUUUUGCCCUCACAUGCAGCAUAUCUUCAUGAGCCUAUUUCCAGGUGAGGCAGUCCCCACUAACCAAGUGCUCAGCCCCAGCUGCUCCCCAAGGAAAAAGAACCUUUGCAUCUCUUUGUCAGUGCUCCUCUGGCCCAUGUAACCCAGCACAGAUGGCCAAACAGCCAAAGACGCUCAGCCAAAUUCAGUAAACGGGAACCUGAGCGUCACAGUACCCGAUCCCUUACUGGUCAAAGGGGGCACAGGUGGGCCCACCUGCUCUGUUUGGGAAGUCAGCCCCGCAGACUGGAAGCCGGCUCCGUGGAUGACAAGCCCGGCUUUGCAUCCUAUGAGUCUGCUCCUCUGCAGAGGUGCUCAGAGAAGAUAUGCUCACAUCUGAGACCUGAACGGGCUGACGUGGCGGAGGGGACUCUGGAAGGGACCGUUUCCCUCUCUGGUUUAACACGUGUGAUCACCUGGGGAAGUCAGGCACCCCCUGCUCCUCAGCCUUCGGUCUUCAGGGCAGUCCAGGGCCCUGAGCACACCUCUGGUCCCACAGCGCUUGUGUGAACGGGUGUGUUUAAUAGAAACGUUAUGGAAGCUUUUGGACCCCAAGGGAUGCCAAUCUUUUGAGUUUGUUUGAGUUUUCCAUUUGGGAUCCCUUUUGGUUGCUGGGUUGAAAUAUACCACUUCAUGGGGACUGUCAAAGGUGAGUAUUCUGGUCUUUGUUGGAACAAAUUCACUUGUCUAGUAAGAAGUGGACUUAGCUUUUGCCCCUAACACACCCUCCCCAGCCCCGAGGUCACCACACUGGGCUGACUUCCCUAGCAGGCCAGUGAUGGGGCCUGGUGCCUUUCCUGCAGUGACAUCAAGUGGAAACAUCUACAGAGAUUUGACAGCUCCAUCCAUGGUGGACUCUCUCCUAGGGGCAUUGCCUUCAGCUUGCCUCCUGCCUAAACCUGCAUUUAUCCAUUUGUAGCAACUUUAUGAGAUAGCAAAAGGGUUACAUGAAACCAAGAGCUAUCUGACCAAGUCAGAUUGGCUUCCCCAGAUGCCACACCCUGGAACAUCUCAGAGGGUCCUCACCGCCGUGGGGUUAGAGAACAACUUUGCAUGAGGUUGUCCAUUCUGGCUUCUCCUAUUUUUUUUUUUUAUCCUCAGAAAGCUGACAACAUCUUAAUGUACCUAGUAUUGAUUAACCAUUUGGAGAAAUCAUGAAUUUUAUGCCAUGAUGUGCUUGUUCCUGGUUCCACCUAAGAGUCGACUCUCAGUUGAUGGUCUUUAGGGAAAGAGGAAAGCAGGUCUGGUCAGCCGUUCUGAAGCUGCCCCAUAACUGAAGAAUGCUUCAUUCAGUGACCAGAUGGGAGGUCGUUCCAGGUCUCCUUUUGGUGUUAGCGAUAUAACCCAAGAAGGUAAAGGAAAUGUCAAAGAACCCAUUUCCAUUUUAUUAUCCACAAAUGAAAAGACAAGAAGAAUGUUGAUUUGAAAUUAACGUUUAGACACAGAAGCCUUAAUUCCUCAUCUGAAAUCUGCUCCCUCUCCAAACGCAGAACAAAACUCAGAUCCAAAAAAGGGAAAUAGUGAUACUGUUUCCCCGGGAGCACAUCCAUAUUGCAUUUCAUGAUGGUGGUUUCCUGCUGCGACGGAGCAAUAGUUUGCUUUAUCUUGGGCUUUCAAUCCCCACCUGAGAGCUGCCACCUUUGAUCUUCCUGUCCUUGAAUUCCCCUCUCCGUCCUGGGGAAGCUGUCACUAACUUUCAUCUCUUCCAGAUUUGAAGUCAGCAUACCUCGUCUGUUGUUUUAUGUCCAAUUGCCAUUCUGAACAUGGGGGACUUGAUAUGCAAAUCCAGAGGUUGGUUCCGUGUUGACACAGCUGGGGAUCGGACAAGGGACCCCAGGCUGCGGACGGGAUAGAAGCUGGAAUAAACAGUCAUGCAGCUCAGAGUGGGGAACUCGGCAGGCAGGAAUCCGGUCCAUUUUGUCAUAAAUUAGCCUUAAGCUUGAAGUCUGUGUUCCUGGAAGGUGGCAAUGACUUCACUGUAGCCACAACCAGGACGGUGGUUCAAAGAGUGAUGCACACACAUGCCUCUUGUGCUGGUUCUUGGAUUUCCGUUUGUGUUGAGCAAGAAGCCCUUCUUCGGGCUUUAGAUUCUAAUGCUGAUGCUGCAUUUUAGUUAAUCCAUAAGCCUUUAUCCCAGUUGCUAGGCUAUGAAAGCAGCUGUCUGACCUGGGCUUCUUGAGAUUGAAGACAAGAGCGCACACAUUUGUCCACCUGGUCCUACACACACUGGCCUACUCAUCAGCCACUACUGAUCUGUAAUUGAGGCUUCCAAACUAACAAUGGAGUGGAUGUUUUUAAGUUCCUUAUUCCAAAAAAUGAUUUCAGGCUGUAAUAAAAUGACAAAAGAUGAGGUGAUUUCAAAAUUGAAACCGGAAGAAUUCAUAGAUUUACUCCUUGUUCUUUCCUGCUGGAACAUUAGUCCCCUCUUUGAGCAUAGACUGAAAGGUUGCCUCACUUUUCAGGGCAUGUAUUUUAAACCCUGAAACCACGCCUGUCAGAAACACAUUGAGAGUCCUGUGCACGACCAGCUGAUGCUGAAUAAACCAUCCGCUCCCUCGGUCCCUGCGGCCUGGGCAGUGCGGCCCAGCUGUCCACGACAGAGGGACUGUCUUCAGUGCUGCACACGUGAGACUUGACUGCCCCGAGAAAGGCCAGUGCAGCCCACUCUUCUCUGGCCCAAAUGUCACUGCCAGUACCAUUUUUUGGGGGGAGGGCAGACAAGUGGUAGAAAUAUAGUGUUCCUUUGGAUAAGAUCUCUUUCUCCUCCUCCAGCAAAUAUCUGCCAACAUUUGUGGGUAAAAACUCACAAAUUGUGUCACUUAGUAAUCUUUCUGACAAAAAUACAUAUUAUUUUUUAUGACAGAGUGUUCAUUAUUUCCAGAUAAAAGCAUAAUUCCAAUCCAGGAGAAGCUCUUGUAACUCAAACUCAUGUUCUCAAAGUCUUUUGAAAAUUCUUAGAAGCUAGUUUACCCUUUACACACACAUUCUGCUUUUGGGUGGCCCUACUCAGAACCGGAGGUGCUGUCAUGAUAUUGGACAUAGAGUGGUGCCCAAGGUGGUAUGGAGCCUUCACUGCAGAUGAUUAACAUUCCCUAAGUAUAGCUGUCCCCAUGUCCACAUGUGUGAGGGGUGAGGACUGAAUUCUGGCACUCACACAUCUAUUUGAUGUAGACAUCAGAAUUACCUUCAAAACUAGAAAGGCUCAUUGCUUCCUUCCCCGUCCUGCUAACCAACAUCCCACAUUGUCAUAUUCAAUUUAUGAAGAAAUUAUCAUUUAUUUGUCAACUCAGGAUGUUGUUUUCUAGUGUCGCUUGUGUUUUAUAAUUUAUUUAUACAUCAUGGUUGGAAAUGCCAGCCAAGCACUAUGCAGCGAAGUCUAAAUUUGGUGACUCUAUCUGUCUGUGGCUGUUUUUUCCCCUCCCUCUGGUGAGGUCUGUCCGCGGAGACAUGGCCAGAGGGGAAGAAGGGUAAAUAAAUCAGAACAGGGAUUAGGGUCCAGUCCUCAAAGUUCAACAUCUCAGCUGUUUCUAUAGUAAGUAGCUAAAGGGGAAAAGAUGGCUUCAUUUUGAAUUUGAUGAUAAUGGGCUUGGAAAUAGCCUCCGCAGGCCUGGAUGGAAGAGGAUCCAGCCUCUUCCUGCUGGUUCAACACAUUUCUGAGGAAAGUGCAGACAGUAUUAGGUUCCUACGUUUCCCUGAAGAUCCCCCGCCCCAUCCGCCCCGGUGCUACGGAAGGGGGUUUGGAAAAGCAAGUGGAGCUCCUUCCCUGGGAGGUGUGUAUAGCACCUGCUUUUGUGGAGAAACCAAAGCACUUUAGUGAGCCUGACAAGGCGUAACAGUUAAGGCGUCCUGUCCCCUUGCUGGACCCCGGAGUGGCCGGGAGGGGCUGGGUCAGAAUGCUCAUUGGAGAGGCAGCUAAACCUAGGAGAAAAGCCUUGAGCUGGGAGAAGGGAAGUCGGGGUGCAGGCCUGGGUCCUCACUCACUAUGCAACCUUGGGCAAGUCGCUUCACUUUGCUGGGCCUCAGGCGCCCCACUGGCAGGUUGGGGGUCAUCACAGCUGCCCUUCUGGGAUAGGGUAAAGAGAAAAUGGUGUAACUGAUGGGAAGUGCUUUGAAGAAAUGAAAGGUCUGUAGAGGAGCUGGGGAUAAUCAUUGAUGGAUGGAGAAGCUGAAGUCACUAGUCAACGAUUGGCCCAAGUUCACAGAGUAGUCUUAUAGCAGAAGUGGGACUUGAGUCCAGCAUCUUGGACUCUUCCCAUGGGGUGUCACUGCACCAGGUGUGUGUAUACGUGAGCACACGUCACGCCUGUGUACUGACAUGUGUGUGCAUGGGGGCGUAUAUGGAUGCAUGUGUACAGAAGGUAUGUGACAUGGUGGAAUUGCAUAGGACAGAAAACCUGAGUUCUCGUUCCAGUUUUGACAACAGUCCUAUGGCCUUGGAUAUAUCCCCUAAUUUCUCUGGAACUCGGUUUUCUCAUCUGUAAAAUGAGGACAUUGUGCUAAAUGACCUUCGUGGUUCCUUCAGCUCCAGUCUUGUAUGUAUGUAUAUAUAAAUAUGCUUAUCUGUAGAAAUGGGCCCAUUUGAAACUUGGAGGCCAGGCCUGCUCAAGUGUGUUUAUUGUGUCGGAAACAGCGAUUCACAAACAAGUUCAUAAAAUCCUGUUUUAAAACUCAGUGGUGGUAUUCAACGUCAUUGUUUCAAAUUCACUGUUUAACCAGAUAAAAGAUUGGUGCCGUUUUAAAAACUAAGUUCCUAGCUUACAAGUGUUUGCUGUUACCAUUCUUUUAAUAAAGCUCAUUUGUUAAAGUCAGAAAUGCAAGUAUCCUGUACUUGGGCACGUCCCAACAGCCUGUUUGCAAACAGGCUGGGUUUUGUGUGUGGGCCUUGACGUAGCUGUGUAAAAGUUAGCUGUUGGCUUGAUCAUGAUAAAUAUGAGCAGGCUACCUGGAGAACAGUCUGGAAAAGAAGGUUAUAGUUCUCACAAACUGAUGACAUGACUCCAUUAAGCUGUGUGCCAUUUCCAGUGUGACGAUAUUGUUUGCUGGCUACGAUCUCUGACUUUUUUGUGGCAUAUGAGGUGUAAAACGUUGUCAAAAAAGAAUCUGUUGUUUAAAAAGAAUCAAACUAUGGUGGCAUUAAAUGUUCACUUUAUUCUACUCACA